AUGCGUCGCCCACACGUCGCACGGUGUCGCCGGGAGCGCGAGCCACAUCGCACCGCGAGGGUAUCCUGCGUGCUGCUCCUGCUGGCGCUCGUUUCAGCCAGUCCGCAAAAUGCGGCGUCUAUCGCGGCCAACAUGCCACCUGGCGCCGCCACCCUAUUGGAGCAGCAAGCGGAGCGUGAGCGGCCCUCCACUUCCGUUUUACCCAGUGCCCCCCCCGCUCUCCGUGCUAUUCCCUCUCUCCCCGCUAUUCCUGCUCUCCCCGCUAUUUCCGCUCUCCCCGCUAUUCCCGCGCUCCCCGCUAUUCCCGCUCUCCCCGAUAUUCCCGCUCUCCCCGCUAUUCCUGCUCACCCCGCUAUUCCUGCUAUUCCUUCUCGCCCCGCUCACCCCGCUAUUCCCGCUAUUCCUGCUCUCCCGGCUCUCCCUGCGCUCCCCAACCUCCCCUCUGCGCAGGCUGCGCCGCGCAGCGCUGCUGGCGUUCUGGGAGACGACGAGGCACAGCGAGGGGCUGAGGGCGAGCGGGCCGGUGCAGCGCUGCUGGCGUUCUGGGAGGCGAUGGGGCGCAGCGAGGGGCUGAGGGCGAGCGGGUGGGGCAACACGUCUCUGCCAUGUGACCCGCAAAAACCCCCGUGGGGAGGCGUGCACUGCAGCGAGACAGGGCACGUGGACGGCGUCGAGCUGCCAUACAAGGGACCGGAGUCACCUCAGGGGAAGCAGCUGCAGGGGCAGGUGCCGUGGGCCUCCAUGACAGCCCUCUCACGCCUCACAAUGCUCGACCUCAGCUUCAACCAGGCCUCGGGACCUCCUGUCACCCCUGCUGUUUCCGCCUUUUCUGCCCUGCAAGCCCUCCAGUUGAUGUACAACAAGCUUACUGGCCCCGUCCCUGCUGUUCUCGGCUCCCUGCCUGCGCUGCAGAUACUCGAGCUGGGCUACAAUCAACUCUCAGGCCCUCUGCCCUUCACCCUCGGCCUGCUGCCUUCUCUGCAAGCACUCCGCAUCCCAUUCAGCAACAUCACGGGGUCCCUGCCGGCCUCGCUCUCGCGCCUCUCAGCGCUGAGCUCACUGCGACUCACACAGAACCUUCUCGCUGGCCCCCUCCCCGCCAACCUCUCAGCACUCACCGCACUUACCGAACUGAAUCUGGCGAAGAAUCAGUUGAAUGGCUCUCUGCCUGCCUCGUGGGGUGCACUCACCUCACUUGCUGACCUCAAGGUGUCAGUGAAUUCUCUCAGCGGCUCGCUGCCAGCCUCGUGGAGCAAGCUCUCGUCUCUCAGGCAGCUGGCGGCUUCCAGCAACAACAUCACAGGGCCCUUCCCCUCCUUCCUGCUCUCGCUACCGAAUAUUGAGGAGAUCAUUCUGAACAGCAACAGCAUGUACGGCCCAGUACCGCCCAACAUCACCAUCUCUCCCAGCGUCACAUCCGUGGACAUCGGGCUCAACUAUUUCAACGGCUCUGUGCCGCCCUUUCUGGACCAGCCCGGCUUCACCUUCGUGGACAACUGUUUCAAUGAGACGGGCAGCACCAAUCAGAAGCAGCAGAACAGCUCCACCUGCACUAUCUUCUACAACCUGCUCUACCCCCCACCCCCGGGCCCACCAAUCCAGGACGUGGUAACUGUGCCAUCCUCGUCCUUCCCAAUAGCAGCAGUGGUGGUGCCGGUGGUGGUGGUGGUGCUAGUGCUGCUGCUCGCUGUCUUCCUUUGGCGGCGCUGGCACUCUGAAAGGCUUGCACGCAUGCUGCGCAAGGAGAUUGGCAGCAGCUCACGCGUAUUCUCCCUGGCGGAGCUGCGGCGGGCCACCAAGGAGUGGCAGGCGGAGAUCGGGCGGGGCGGGUAUGGCAGCGUGUACAAGGCGGUGCUCAAGGACAAGACGGUGGUGGCCGUGAAGCGGCUGGAUGUGGUGUCGGACCAGGGCGACAGGGAGUUCAUCCGCGAGGUGGAGCUGCUCUCACGCGUGCACCACCGGCACCUGGUGAAUCUCCUGGGCUUCUGUGCGGAGAAGGAGGAGCGCGCGCUCGUGUACGAGUACAUGGGGCUGGGGUCGCUGUUCGACCACCUGCACGGCCCACACGCCAAGGAAACCCCUCUCUCGUGGGAUUCGCGCAUCAAGAUCGCCAUCCACGUGGCUCUCGGCAUCGACUAUCUGCACUACGGCGCCGACCCGCCGCUCAUCCACCGUGACAUCAAGUCAGGCAACAUCCUUCUGUCCGAAGAUGGGUUGGCAAAAGUAGCUGAUUUCGGGCUGUGCAAGGAGGUGCCGGUGGACGUGACGCCAGAGGGCCAGCCGCAGCUGCUGCCGCCCACCACGGCGGUGCGGGGGUCGUUUGGGUACCUGGACCCUGAGUAUGUGAGCACGUCGCUGCUCACCGACAAGAGCGACGUGUACAGCUACGGGGUCGUGCUGCUGGAGUUAUUGUCGGGGAAAUAUGCCAUCCAUGAGAAGCAGCCACUCGCAUACUGGGCGGAGGAGUACCUAAUGGACAGCGAGCGCCUGGUGGAGCUGCUGGACCCGGUGCUGGGCAGCGACUACGACCUGCAUGAGGCGCAGAUUCUGUGUGAUAUCGCCAGGAGCUGCGUGCAGGACCGUUCUGCGGACCGGCCGGCCAUCAGGGACGUGGCGCAGGCGCUGGUGGAGCAUCUGGGGCGCGUGGUGGUGAUGGCCUCCUCCACCGCCUCCUCCGAGUACAGCUAUGGCUACUCCUAUGAUGACUAUGGCUCGCAGCAGCCUUUCUUUUCGGGCAGCCUGCCCGACACCUCGGGCAGCUACACGGGGGGUUCGCCAGGGAAUCCGGUUGCUGGUGGUGGUGCGAAUGGUGGUGCGGGUGGGAAGGCGGGGAAUGGUGGGACGGGGGAUGGGUUCACGUUUCGGAAUUGCCAGUCACAGCCAAUCAUCAUCGCGCGUGCGGGUGGGGGAGUGGAGGGGAGUGGGGAGGACGGGGGAGGGGAGGGGGAUGGGGGAGCGGGGAGUGUGCAGAUGUCAACGGGUGUGCAUGGCAACAGGCCUCCUGUGCCCAUUGGGGCGCAUGAGGGCACGGUGUGA